GUCUCACCUCACCUGAGAAUUCUUCUCACUUUCAGCUCUGCAGCUCUGAUGAUCCAACUCUGCCAGGACACCACCUCUAAAUGUCAGCACCACUCCCUGAUCAGCUCCAGGGGAAGAACCGGAACAGGAGUGUCUCAUACCCAGUCUUUUUCUGCUCUGGGCAGAUGGCUUCAUAAUGUUAGAUGCAGAUGCUGAGGCACUCAUGAGAGUCACUCUUUUGCUGCUGUGCCUUAAGGUGUCUCUGUCCCCUAAUGUCCUCUCAAAAACUGGGUCCACUCAAUACCUCAAUUCCCCAGAAGUGGUAAUCCCCCUAAAGGUGACCAGCAGGGACAGAGGUACAAAAAAUUCAGGAUGGCUCUCCUACAGCUUGGUAUUUGGGGGCCAAAGACAUGUUGUCCACAUGAGAGUCAAAAAUCUGUUGGUUUCUAUUCACUUCUCUGUGCUCACCUACUCAGAGGAGCAUGCCCUUCUCAAGGAUUACCCAUUUGUCCCUAGUGACUGUUACUAUCAUGGUUUUGUAGAGGGGGUCCCUGAGUCUUUAGUUGCUUUCAGUGCCUGCAAUGGGGGGUUUCAGGGAGUGUUACAAAUGAAUGGCUUCUCCUAUGAAAUCCAACCCAUCAGGCACUCCAGCACAUUUGAACACCUAGUUUAUACAUUAAACAAUAACAAGACACAAUUUCCACCUAUGAUGUGUGGUUUAACAGAGAAGAGGAUGCCAUACCAACACUUUCAACUUGAAGAUGCUGAGAGGUCAGCUGUGAAGCAAAAUUCUGUGAAAUUGUGGACCCACACAUGGUUUCUGGAGCUGGCUGUGGUGGUAGACUAUGGUUUUUUCACUUACUGUCAACGCAAUCUGUCAAAGGUGCAAGAGGAUGUGGUUCUCAUUGUUAACAUGGUGGAUUCCAUGUACAAGCAGCUGGAUACCUAUGUGACUUUGAUUGGUAUUGAGAUCUGGAAUCGAGGAAAUGUUUUCCCAAUGGAAAAUAUACAUCAGGUCUUAGAAGACUUUUCUCAGUGGAAACAAGGCAGUCUUUCUCAGGUACCUCAUGAUGCAGCCCAUAUUUUCAUUAGAAGCUCACUUAUAAGUGUACUAGGUAUAGCCUAUGUUGCAGGAAUAUGUCAUCCUCCUCUUGACUGUGGGGUUGAAAAUUUCCAAGGAGACUCCUGGUCUCUUUUUGCCAACACUGUGGCGCAUGAGUUAGGUCAUACUUUUGGUAUGCAGCACGAUGAAGAAUUCUGUUUUUGUGGGGAAAGUGGUUGUGUCAUGAGUACUUACAGAGUACCAGCAGUGAGAUUCACCAACUGCAGCUACAGUGAUUUUAUGAAAACUACUUUAAACCAAGGAACUUGCUUGCACAAUCAUCCAAGACCAGGGGCAGUCUUUCUGCUGAAGCGCUGUGGGAAUGGUAUGGUUGAAAAUGAAGAGGAGUGUGACUGUGGAUCUGUGCAUGAGUGUGAACAAGAUCCCUGUUGUUUGUUGAACUGUAAACUGAGGCCUGGGGCUGCCUGUGCUUUUGGCCUUUGUUGCAAAGACUGCAAACUCAUGCUAUCAGGGGAAGUCUGUAGACCAAAGGUCAAUGAAUGUGACCUUCCAGAGUGGUGCAAUGGAACAUCCCACCAGUGCCCUGAAGAUAGCUAUGUACAGAAUGGGGUCUCCUGUGGUGUCAGUGCCUACUGCUAUCAAAAGCAGUGUAAUAACCAUGACCAACAAUGCAGGGAGAUUUUUGGCAAAGGUGCAAGAAGUGCAUCUCAUGCCUGUUACAAAGAAAUGAACUCACAGGGAAACAGGUUUGGCCACUGUGGCACAAAUGGUACGGUAUACCUAAAAUGUAGAAUGUCAGAUAUAUUUUGUGGGAAAGUUCAGUGUGAAAAUGUGAAAGACAUUCUCCAUCUCCAGACUCAUUCUGUUUUGCAGAACAUUUAUGCCAAUGGCAUCACCUGCUGGAGUACUGACCAUCAUGUAGGGAUGGGUGUACCUGAUGUUGGUGAAGUGAAAGAUGGGACCACCUGUGGAACAGGAAAGAUCUGUGUACACAAGAAGUGUAUCAGUCUAUCUGUCUUUUCAAAUGCCUGCCUUCCUGAGACCUGUAAUAGGAAGGGGAUCUGUAAUAACAAGCAUCACUGCCAUUGUGACUAUGGGUGGUCCCUGCCUUUCUGCCUGCACAGGGGCUAUGGUGGUAGUGUUGACAGUGGCCCAACAUCUCCAAAAAGAAGAGUCAAUGUUAUUCAAUUGUCAAUAAUUGUGACUGUUUUGUCUCUUCUAACUUGUCUGCUAAUAGCCAGACUUUAUAUAUCAUUGACUACCUUCUGGUCCCAAAGAGUCUAAGGCUUGUUUGCCUGGUUAAGAGGAUAUAUCUAACUUAAUAUCCUAUGCAUUCAGUUUGGCAACAAAAAUAUUAUUGCAUGUGUGACUCUAAGCAUAUUUCUGGGAGUUUAUAGAAAGAUGAGAGUAUCUUCCCCUUCAUCAGAAUCAGAAAUAUUGUCACUAGGUACAGGUAAUUCUUAAUAUGUUCUUGGCUGUUGUUCAUUAUCUCAAGCAUCAAAUAAAACUUGGGAAAUGAUAAUAUCUGACACACCCAACUGCUUGGAUUUUAUUUAGUAAACAAGAGUGAAUCUUUGUUAAUUGUUGUUCCUUUCACUAAAGACUCAUGACCUGAUGGAAGAUAUUAUUCUGUAUAUGUUUCUCUUACUGGUUGAUGAAUAAACUACUGAUUGGCCAGGCAGGAAGAUAGGCAGGGCUAGGAGAUGAGGAGAAUUCUGGGAG